CUCCCCCGGCCUUAUGACGGAUUUCGUCCGUAACAGUACCUCAAUUGUGAUCCAUGAAUGAGGUAUGAAGAUCCACUGUGAGGCACCCCCUGGAUAAAUCAGAUGCACCCAUCGUCCCGACAUCCCACGAGCUCCAUCAAACUAAUGUGCCUCACUCAAUCUGGCUAAGCACGCCUGCCGGUCGCAAAUUCGGGUUUCAGUCUCCUGCAUCGGGGACUACGCGGCCAGAAAGAGGAGCUGGAAAAACCCCCCAAACUUGUUGCAAUAUGGGGAGGACCUCCCUGCCAGUCUGACUGCUGGCCACCCACCCACCUCUUCUCGGCGCUAUCGAACGCUUGCUUCUGCGGAGGUCCCGGAUCCUGUCGCAUCCACCACGCUAAGCGGGCCGGCACGGUUCCUCACACGGGAGUCCGUGGGCUCUCUGUCAACCACAGAGUCAGAAUGCCUCGGGGCACGCACGCACGCCUCUCCUGGGGAAAUCAGAUCGGAUCCCAGGAAGAAUCCGCUGGAGAAAAAACCGGAGCAUUCAACCUGUCCAUGCAUGCAUGCAUGGGUGGGUGGUGGAGGAGGAUGGCAACCAUCCCGCUACACAGCACUCCGUACCCCCAGUGGGACCUGAGCUGCCUGCUGAAAUCCGAAAACCCGAACAGACAAUUUCAUUUCCAGGAUGAUCAUCCUGUUCUGGUCCUGCCAGCCGAGCGGAGUUGGCCAAUCGCCGUCCGCCCCCUCGAUCGGCAGUUCGUCUGGGCGAUGCGGGUUUACCCACGCACCGACAGUCAUUGGCCACGGACCGGAGACAUGGGGCCCAUCCAGCCCCCCCGCCCCGGGCAAAGUCAAGAAGAUCACGCUCUCGCUGGAGUCGCUGCUCUCAGGCAGCCACCGGCUGAAGACCUGCCCUAGCAGGGAUCCUAGCUGUUCACUAGAGCUUGCAGGAACUAGGGAAUCGACAAGAAUAGGUCGCUGCUAC